CUCCAGCACAGGGUUCCCAUAAUUAGUGACAUUCUUAUUCGUUGGUGCAGUGUCGUGGGUGUUAGAGUUAAAGUUAUAGACACUCUUACUUUGCUGGUUCUGCAUUCGUGUAGUGUUGCGUACAGUAGAUACGUAGUUCUGUAAUGCAUUAGCAAGUGGUUGUGGUUCAUUGAAUCAGAGCAAAGAAACGUAAACCUGUUGGGAAAGCGUAAUACGCAAGUGUACAACCUUGUCUCAUGAGUUUUUUAAUGUUUUUGUUGAACUCAAAUUCUAUUACUGAAUUCUCAGCGGUUCUGAGCAUUUAAAAAAAAAAUAGGAUCUUCCGUGGUCGUCCGGUCGCUUCUGCGUCUCUUUUGUCUCCUUGCUGAAGCUCGCAGCAAAGGCAAUCAAAAUAUAGUACAACCAGAAGCAAGAGGGUGUUUUUCGCCUGGCGCGUGCAGUGCUGAUUGUCCUUCGAGCUGCAAGAUUGGAUUCUGUUGCCCUUCGUUGGGUGGACGUGGAAAAAGAUGAGUAGGAACGACGUGGAGACCGUGGAGGCCAGUCCUGGCAUGUUCCAGCUGGCGCCUAGAAAAUCACGCUCCAGUCGUGCGAGUCGCGCCAGUGUCGAACAAGCGACUGUGGAGCAGAGUGAAUUUCAACCAGCAAAGGUGAACACGACUUCUGAGCAAGUGUUGACGCAAGACUUCCGCGAUUAUCGACCCAGUGGAAAUGGAGAACAAGAUAAUCAAGAGCAGGGGGUCGGUUCGCCUGCGUCUGGGUCGUUUCGAGGGAGCGUGCUUGGUCUAGACGAGCUCGACGAGACGGGCAGUGUCGACGAAAAGGCGGCAGAACAGGCCUUGAUGGUAGGAGGAAGUAGCAACUUUGCCACAAUCGUGAACAUCGUUAAAAACGUUGUUGGUGCAGGCCUUUUGACACUACCGCUAACCAUGUACAAUGGAACUCCUGCAAUUACGGUGCCGUGGGUUUUCAUUAUUGGUUUGCUGAACUUCUUUGCCUUUUACACCCUUGGCGUCAUGAGCGAGGGGCGUUGCAACACCUACGGACAGCUGUGGGAAAUGACACUCGGCAAAAAGACUCGCCUCAUUGCUGAUAUCUUCCUUGUUCUCAACGGAAGCAUUACGUGCAUGCAGUACAAAAACAAUAGUUUUUAUAUAUUACUAAUGCGGAGUAGGUGUGUUACCUCUAGAUGUAGUUUAUAUCAUUCCAAGCACUGUUCAUCUCUCUGCUCCAAAGCUUAUUACUAAUAGCAAUAGUUGUAGAAGAACGUAUUGAUGACGUAAACACGCAGUCUCUAUCUCUUUUGAUGUAGUUGUUCCUUCUCAAGCUACGAUAGAGAUGCGCCCCCAUACACUGCCAGCCAAGCGUCAGAAUGUGAAGUGUAAAGCAUGUAGAUUUUUAAAAUUUGUUGCCUUUACACACCGGACUCUAUGACAAUGACUAGGAGCAUUGUCCUGCUUGUCCGCCAAUAUUUUUGUUAUUUCUGUCCAUGUCUUUUGUACUAGCUUACAAGCUUAAAUGAACACUAAUAGCGAGAACCUGUUCCUUAUGUCUCAGAGAGAAGUUUAAAUAGAACUAGUCUCUGAGAAACGAAUCAAAAAAAAGGUACUUGGUGUUGAUUGGAGACUUUAUGCCGAAUGCAAUACCGCAAGUUUUUGGUGAAACGGGUUGCCUGAAAGCGAAGACAUACACAUUGAAGCGCUUGUACCCGAUCCUGUUUUGCUUAAGGCUGAAAAAAUGGGAAUCCGUCAUUUUCAUUUGUUUUACUUAGAAGAAGUUUGUAGUUGUACUUGUUGUCUGGAAAGACUCCUGCGUGAAGUUCUUUACAGUACAAGUAAGCACCGCGAAGCUCUUUACAGAUUUGCACGCGCCUUCCAAAAGCUAGAAGACUCACUUCAUCGAGGAAACGCCUCUGAAGUGACCAAGAACGAGAUGCAUUCUACCUAUAAAGGAUGGACUUCCGUUUUUACACCUCUAAUUUCGACUUUACUUAUCAUCUUUCCGGUGUCGUUGCUAUCGAAACUUGACUUCCUCAAGUGGCCCUCCUUUGCCGGCGUAGCGUUCACGCUUUACGCUGUUGUUUACGUCAUCGUCGAUUUUGCCAUGCGGUAAUAAGAUUCAGCUAGAGUACCAUCGAACUAACUGCAUUCACCUUUUUCACUAAUUGAUUUGGAAUUUUCCAUUUCCUCUUCGAGGUUAACUCCACCUAGAAGAAUCCCUUAUAUCAUUAAGCACAUGUUGCGCAAGAAGCUGUUGUAUGUUAUCUUCUACGUGGUACUAUCAUGCAUGUUAUUAUGCGUUUCAUCGCAAAUGAUAUUCUUAUUAAUUUUUUUUUCUCAGGGGGUACUUCGGCGAUGAAUUUUACCGAAAUUGGUGGACCGAUUCGAGUGGGAGAAUGGCACAGGACGCGACGAAUGGUGGAGCAUGGACCGACCAACGCAAGGAUGAGCGCGGAGCCAUCAGCUUUCCAAUGAUGCUAUCCAUAAUCGCGAUUUACUCAAGCUCCUUCGCAUGCCACUACAACGCACCGAAGUUCUACCGAGAAUUGGGCCCGAAGCGAACACCCAAGCAAUUCUUGAUGAUUUCCAUAAUCUCCUUCGUUAUCAUCAUCUCGAUCUUCUUGCUCUUCUCCUUCGUGGCAUAUGGUCGCUUCGGCGGCAUGAUGCGUGGCAAUGUUCUAAAGUCGUACGAUGCGUCUGGCAAUGGGGGGUUCAUGCCGAGUUCUCUUCUGGUAAUUUCUAUCAUCAAUUUGGACUAAUCCUUCGCGUUACUUGCUUAUAACACGACCAUGGUGUUGAAACAAAUGCUUUAGUACUUAAGUAGAUGACCUGACGCACUUUUGAUGCACUUUUGUAUAUGGAAAAUGUCCCAGAAAUAGAAAAUAGUUAGAUUGAUCUGACAGAAGUAACAACCACACCCACCACCACACCAAGCAAACGUGAGGAUAACAAGAACCACCAGAUUUAGCUUCGCACAUCAUGUGUCAUAAUCACCCCAAAGUUUAUCUAUCAAUUUUCACGUAAGUAGCACAUCACUUCAUUACAGGACUCUGUUGCUGUGAAGAUCAUGUGGCUUGGUAUGGCGCUGUCUGUGAUGACAAGCUAUCCAUUGAUUUCGAAUUCGGCACGAGCAGCUUUCUUCGAGAUCUUUUUUUCAUUUUCCGCCGAGCAAGCACCUACAUGGCUUUACGUGCUCGUCACAGCAGUCUAUGUGCUUAUCUCUGCGGUAAUUGGAGUCAUCGGUCCAGGGUUGGAUCUUCUUGGAAGUAUGAAAGGCGCAACUACUACAGUGGCCCUCUGCUUGCUUUUCCCAGGCCUGAUGUUGGUGUGGAAGGUCAAGCGGGAUGUCGCAGUGGAGCAGGGAAUCGAUGAAGAGACAGGUAUUCUUUCUAGGUACAAGAGAGAGUCAACUUUAACAGGAGCGCGCUCUGUUCGAUCUGAAAUUUUGCUUUUGGAGUUUUGGUGUUCAGCCAAGAAAAUGAAUCAACUGAUCGCGGGCUAGGAGCACUCCCCAUUGUUUUUGAAAUUAUUUUUUGGAUUCAUCUUUGACGUCAGGCGCUUUGCUGCAGGGCCAGGAUCAUGGCGAUGCAGAACAGGGAGAGGCUUCAGGGGGUGCCUCGCGACGACCCAGUGCUGUGAUUCGAGAGGAGCGGAACGCCACACCCUUUAGCACCGCGAAGCGCCCAGGACUCAAUCGUGCACUCGGUUGGAGUUUGUUCGCGAUCGCAGCGGUCAUGUCGGUAGCUGGCAUCAUAAUUAUUACCUUGAAGCAAGCGGGAAAGAUUGGCAGAGAAGAGCCAUUCGAAUUGAAAUUAGCCGCAAGUCUGUCCGACGCGGAAUUUGCCUUGGCUGCUGCACCUGGAGGGAACACACAGGGACAGAGGUACGAUCCUCUCGGUUACCUUGUGAAACUGUUUCGCCGCACGACGAGUCGGGGGCCGAAUGGUGCGGGUGAGUUUCCAAGCAGGAAGACGAGUGGAGUUUGGGGAAAAGCAUGUGCUUGGAAGCACGCUCCGACUGGGAGCGUCGGAGCACGAAAUUUGCAGACUCUCCAAGGCGCAAUCACGCAAUCUGGGGGUGCCGCUGACCUCCUUGACAAGGCGUGCGAAAGCUUCAGCGCUUGGGAGCGCGGUGCUUGACGUCAGUGAAAAAAAGACCAGAUAUGUUGUAUUGUGAGCAGCGCGCCACCCAUUUUAUUCGGUGGAUUUGGAUAUAUAAACUUCACUCGUUUCGAUGAUACGAAAUAAUACCUCCCAAUGAGUUAUUGCUACUGUCACCAACUCACAGCUAAGUAGGAAUGAAUCACGUUGCACGAUCAACACAAUCCAUCUCCAUUCGGUACGUUCCCUUCCUAGUAUUCCCCAGUACAUAACUAGGAUACAUAACAAACUUAACGAGUCUUUCACCCACCGGAUUUGCAUUUUUUUUACGUAAGCUGAUGAUGGGCGUGGACCCUUCUUAAGUCAGCGAUCGAAGUAGAUAAUUAACGAUACUUCAAAAUGAAAGGAUCUAUAUAAUUAAUGAAUACUUCUAUCAAUUAAGGCAGUCUGCACUGAACUGUUUGCGAGAUUUAUUGUAUUGUAUUGGCGAUUAUAUUUUUACGUAUAACAAAUACGUACAGGUACUACAUAAAGAUAUCAUAGUGAACGAUUGUUGAAGAUGAAAAUAAUAUUUCUUCGAAAAAAUAUGGAUAUGCUCUCUUGUUAAUCAUGAGCAACCAAUCGAACGAAUAGAUACGAAGGAUGAAAGAUCUGUCAUUGCGGAAAUUAUGGAAGCAGACAAUAGAAUAAGAACUCAAUUACAAUUAACAAGUCUAAAUCUAAAAAAGACAAAGACGCAAUAGCUCUGGUUCCGACUCAAGCGGUCGAAAGUAGUUAUGAGUGGUUAGCAGAGGGUGCCAUUCAAG